AUGGUCAAGGACUUCCACGUGGCUGAUGGUGAAAAUGCAUCCUUUUACGCCGGUAUCCUUAUCUCCGCCUUUUCGCUUGCCGAAGCUCUCACUGGUAUGAUCUGGGGAGGCCUAUCCGAUCGCAUCGGCCGCAAGCCCGUGCUUCUGUCCGGAUGCUUUGGCACCGUGCUCUCCCUUCUCAUCGUUGGGCUCGCGCCGAACUUUUGGGUUGCUCUAUUCGGAAGGGCGCUAGGAGGCAUCCUAAACGGAAACAUCGGUGUUAUCCAGACCAUGGUUGGUGAAUUGGUCAAACGACCUGAGCAUGAACCUCGCGCCUACGCCGUGAUGCCGUUUGUUUGGUCAAUUGGGACAAUCAUGGGACCAGAAACGCACCCCGACAUGCAACCGUGGGAUCUCGGCAGGGACAUGAAUGAUGACUUGGCUGCUGAACAUCCUCUUCUGGUAACUGCCGGUGCCACGGCCAAUGCCGGUGCCGACCUGCGGGUUGAAUCUUAUGGGACUUUUAAUCAAGUCCGACUUCAUCAGAACGAGGAUUUGAUGGUGCAUGCGGAUGGUUCGAAGUCGGAAGAAGCGCCCACAAAACAAAGCAUCUUCACAUGGCGGGUUACUAUGCUCAUAGUUGCGUUGGCCAUUUUCACAUACCAUUCAAUGACUUUCGAUCAUUUGUUGCCCAUUUUUCUUCAGGACAAAAGAGUUACCGAAGUCUCCACUCUGGGCACUUCGGCUCUCAGCUUCCCCGGCGGAGUUGGCCUAUCUACAUCAACUGUUGGCCUGAUCAUGUCCACGGACGGUAUUAUCGCACUCUUCAUUCAGAGUGUGGUUUUCCCGACUCUGGCUCACUAUUUGGGGGUGUGGAGACUAUUCGUGGUCGUGACCAUCCUCCAUCCCUUGACUUAUUUCAUUGUCCCAUUUUUAAUAUACCUUCCCCACAAGAUCUUGUUCGUCGGCAUCUAUACGUGCUUAGCCCUUCGCAACGUCCUUUCGAUCAUUGACUACCCCGUCUUGCUGAUCCUCAUCAAGCAAGCUAGCCCUUCCGAUUCUGUUUUGGGAAGGCUCAAUGGUCUUUCUGCAUCCGCCGGCGCUGCCUCGCGCACCAUCGCCCCUCCCGUCGCUGGCUACCUGUAUAGUACCGGAUCCAAAGUCGGCUGCACUGCACUGGCGUGGUGGGCGAGCACUCUCGUUGCCAUAAUUGGCGCCGUGCAGGUAUGGUUUAUCGAACAAAAGAAGUAUGCCAUUGCGACUGUACAACCGGCUGGUCGUUGUCACUACAUUCCCAAUGAGACGCAGCCAUGGAAGGAGACCGUUCAUAUCAUUGUGACGGAAAAUGAUCCCACCACGAGGGAUAUUUGA